ACCCCCCGUAUAAAUUCGGCUCGCCCCUCACCAACCGAGACCGACGACGACCAGCCCCCAUUCCUCCCCCAACUUUUCAGGCUCCCCUCCUCCCUCGCCGCGGAACACGCGCCCCCGUCCUCGCCCGCCUGCCUGCCCGUGUUCAUCUCUCCAUUCCUUGGUGCGGUCGUAGCCGAGCGCUCCGGCCAUGGCGUUCUUCCGGGGCCUCACCGCGGUCUCGAGACUGCGAUCCCGCAUGGCGCAGGAGGCCACCACGCUGGGUGGUGUGAGAUGGCUGCAGAUGCAGAGCGCGUCCGAUCUCGAUCUUAAGUCCCAGAUGCAGGAAUUGAUUCCGGAACAACAGGAUCGCUUAAAGAAGCUUAAGUCAGAGCAUGGAAAGGUCCAGCUUGGAAACAUAACUGUGGAUAUGGUCCUUGGUGGAAUGAGAGGGAUGACUGGAAUGCUUUGGGAAACAUCCCUGCUUGACCCAGAGGAGGGUAUUCGUUUUAGGGGCCUCUCAAUUCCAGAGUGCCAGAAAGUGCUGCCAACCGCAGUUAAGGGUGGUGAACCUUUGCCUGAGGGUCUCCUUUGGCUUCUUUUGACGGGGAAGGUCCCAACCAAAGAGCAAGUUGAUGCUCUAUCAAAGGAAUUGCUUGCGCGCUCAACUGUCCCAGCUCAUGUCUAUAAGGCAAUAGAUGCUCUCCCAGUAACUGCACAUCCUAUGACACAGUUUACCACGGGGGUAAUGGCUCUUCAGGUUGAGAGCGAAUUUCAAAAAGCAUACGACAAUGGAUUGCCAAAAUCAAAGUUUUGGGAGCCUACUUAUGAAGACUGCUUAAAUUUGAUUGCUCGGCUUCCACCAGUGGCUUCUUAUGUUUACCGCAGAAUUUUCAAGGGUGGAAAAUCAAUAGAAGCUGAUAAUUCUCUGGAUUAUGCGGCAAAUUUCUCACACAUGCUUGGUUUUGACGACCCCAAAAUGCUGGAGCUGAUGCGGCUCUAUGUAACAAUUCACACUGAUCAUGAAGGUGGGAAUGUCAGUGCUCAUACUGGUCAUCUGGUUGGGAGUGCUCUGUCAGAUCCUUAUCUUUCUUUCGCAGCAGCUCUGAAUGGGUUAGCUGGGCCGCUGCAUGGCCUUGCAAAUCAGGAAGUGCUUCUAUGGAUCAAAUCUGUAAUUGAGGAAACUGGGAGUGAUGUUACAACAGAUCAACUCAAAGACUAUGUCUGGAAGACACUAAAGAGUGGAAAGGUCGUUCCUGGGUUUGGUCAUGGAGUUCUGCGUAAGACGGACCCACGGUAUUCAUGUCAAAGGGAGUUUGCCCUGAAGCAUUUGCCCGAGGAUCCACUUUUCCAAUUGGUGUCCAAGUUGUAUGAAGUUGUACCUCCGAUCCUCACUGAGCUGGGCAAGGUCAAGAACCCCUGGCCGAAUGUUGAUGCUCACAGUGGAGUUUUGCUGAACCACUUUGGACUAUCUGAAGCACGGUAUUACACUGUCUUGUUCGGUGUUUCGAGAAGCAUGGGGAUAGGAUCUCAGCUCAUCUGGGACCGUGCCCUUGGCCUGCCACUUGAGAGGCCGAAGAGUGUCACCAUGGAGUGGCUGGAGAACUACUGCAAGAACAAGGCUGCUUGAAGCUGUUCACAAAUGCUGCUUUUUCCCAACGUACGCUGUUAAUAAUUAAACAGGAGUUAUAGAAGUAGUCAUUUUCCUUUUGGCCGUUGAAUGAAUAACGCAAGAGCAAGAUGCUCUCAGGCGGUAGAAUUUUGUAUCUUCCGUCACUUGGUGGACAUCCAGAUAGUUGAUCCGCGGCAAAACUGGCAGAAGAGAUCAGGACCUGCUGAUUAAUCUUUAUAUGCCGACACUUGAGUUUUUUGAACGUUUUGUUCGGCAGAGUUAAAUGAUAGUUACUGCAAAUUUGGGUUAUGGCAUGUAUGCCGGUUAUCUCUGAA